CAGACACAGAAGUGCAGAGUUGCCAACAGACAGGCAGCCGUUGCUGAGCCCAGUGGUUCUCCACACAGUGCAGCCAUCGGUUUAGAGUUCAUCAACACAGAAGAUUUUAUAAGUGAAGUGGAAAGUCGUCCCGUUAUUUGGGAUAUGAAAAGCAAUGACUACAGUAACAAAGUCAUGAAAAUGAAAGCGUGGCAAGAAAUUAUUACGAAGUUUGUGCAUGAUUUCGAUGAUAAGAGCAUAGAUGAAAGAAACAAAAUUGGGACAAUCCUUCAAAGGAAAUGGAAGACCUUAGCGGCCAGUUAUACCAGAGGGUCAUUGAGGCAAAAAACAGAAAAGAGUGGUUCUGCAGCAACUGGUAGGAAGAAGUAUAUCUACUUCGAUCAGCUGCGAUUCCUAACAACUGACUGUAAGAACACUACUUCUAGUACUGACAAUGAUGAUGAUGAAGACAGAAAUGAGUUUGAUUAAGGAGGAAAUUUAGAGCAGGAGGCACGUGAAAAAACUGCUGAGCGACGGCAAAAAAGGCCACGUGAAAA